AUGAGGCCUGAAGAAGUUAUCCAGUGUGCACCAGGUACAGGAGGUGCCAUUUGGGAGAAUGUCGGGCUAAGGAAUGCUUCCUUUGUAGGGUUACCGCCACAUCAGGAGAUUGAGUUUGUCAUUGAAUUUGCAUCGGGAACAAAACUAUUAUAUAGAGCACAAUACAUAAUGCCUUUGACAAAAUUGAAGUUGAUGAUGAAAGAUGAGGAUAUCCUGAAAACAACCUUUCGCACAAGUCUUUUUCUUGUUCUUUUUUUGCAGAACUUUCCUUGUCAAGAAGUUGAAAGACAUAACAAGCCGGAGGUUGAGCUUAAGACUAGCUCUGAACUUCUGUUGAAUCCGGUUUUGAUUUGUAGAAACGAGGCUGAGAAAUGGUUAAUUGAAACAUCUAUUAAUUCAUUGCGCAUAAGCCUCAAGGUGAAGCAGGCAGAUGAACUAGAAAACAUGCUAACUAAAAAAUUUCUUAGAUUUUUGUCAAUGAGAGCAGAAGCAUUUCAGGUGCUUAGAAGAAAACCAGUACAGGGUUAUGAUAUUAGCUUCCUUAUAACAAAUUACCACUGUGAGGAUAUGCAGAAGCACAAGCUCAUUGAUUUUAUCGUACAAUUCAUGGAGGCAAGAACUUUAUUAAAAUCUCAUAAAAUUCAUAUUUCAAUAAAUGGUAGUAGAUAUAUGUGUAUUCCAUUUGAUAGUUUAAUAUUAAGUGAUUCAGGACAUAACAAUGAACCCCAUAAGUUUCUACAGUCUAAUUCUGAAAUAAUUCCUUUCAAGAACACAUAUUUAUAA